AUGAAUCAGAUUGGUGCGGAUCCCGAAGAAUUGGGUUUUUCUCUCGAUACAGACUUCAAAAUAAAAGAAGAAAUCCAAGUGGCCUUAUGCACUGAUCUGAAACAAGCGCAAAAUGUCAUCGAUAAGCAAGCUACGGAGAUCCUUCAACUCAAGGCCGAUCUUGAAGAUUGGAUUUACAAUCAAACUGGAAUUCCGCCAAGAGAGAAGCCUUCUACGACUACCAGUACCACCACGUCAACAACGACGGAAGAUCCUGACGGUUUGAGUUGUUUUAGUUGCAAGAAUAGGGAAAAUGGAAUUUAUCCUUAUCCUGAUCUCGCAUGCACAAAAUACUUUUACUAUUGCUCUAAUGGAAUGGCUUAUCUUCAGGAUUGCCCCACUGCUGGUACCAUCUUUUACUAUGCUCUAUGCGCUUGUGAAUUUCCAAGAAACGUUCCCGGCUGCGAGGACUACACUGGGGGAGCCGUAAGUGGCCAACGAUAAAUUUUUGAAGCUUUAAUGGAAAAUACAUAGUUAUCCAAUAAUAAAUAAAUAAUCUGCGUUAUGUAGUCGUCUUAGACGCCCUUUACAAGUUAAUGACGAUUGAUUGUUAAUUUCAAUCAAAUGGAGUCUGAAAAUAGUUGUUUUUUUUUCUUAAAAUAGAGACUACCAUAAUGGAGACAACUAUGUACUACAUUGUUGAUUGCAGACAUUUAUAUUGUUGAUACUGGGGAAAUCAAUUUUGUUUUAAUUUGUAAUGAAAACGGUAAAAAAAGCUUCGGAGAGGCGAAAAUUGUUGGAGAUAAGUAUAAGAUUUAGAAUUUUCGCA